UAGGAUUGAUGAGAUAUGAAAAUGAAAAGAGUUGAAUUUUUGCUUGUCUAGACUAUAUAUAUAUAUAUCAAUCUAAACUUGUCUUCCAUUAAUAAUAUCCUUAAAAAAAUAUGUUGCGCAGUUGAUCUUGGUCAUCUAUUCAGCCUUAUUCCACGAUUUUCGUACCGCGCUUAGUUUAACGGUGCUCAAAGCCAUUGCGUUCCUAUAAUCGAACAUAUUUAAUUCACCUGCAAAAGGGGUUUGUCACUUUAAACAUGGCUUCGGCAAGCCGUGUGGAGAUCACAUCCAAAGUCCUUGAGAGUCUCAAAGGAACACCUUAUGAAGCAUCAGCGCUCGAUGUACUAUCAGGGGGCACUGCUAACUUCAUAUACCGCGCAUCAUUAAUACAACCACUUGAGGAUGGUGCGCAACAAGUUGCUGUCAAGCAUUCUGAGGAUUAUAUUGCGACCUCCCCGGACUUCAAGUUGACUCUGUCUCGUUGCCGCAUCGAAGAAGAAUGUCUCAAAGCACUAUCGGCCUUUCCCAUCGUUGGCAAGGCAGACGAGAGCGAUCCUCACAAUUUCAUCGUCAGGACGCCCAAGUUCUACUAUUUCGACGAGACGAACAACACCCAGAUCCAGGAGUAUCUACAGAACGGCAUUGAUUUAAAAAUGCAUACAUUGACAGUUGAAUCCGGGCCUGAUUUAGAGAUAACAAAGCACCAAAGUCUCCAGCUUGGCAAGGCAUUAGGAAGAUGGCUCAAAGGCUUUCAUAAAUGGGCGGCGCAACAGCCCGGGCUGCGACGGGCGGUGGCCGCAAAUAAGGAGUUGCAGCAGUUGAAGCACACAAUUAAUUUCUCAUGGCUUCUAGACCGAGUCAAGCAGUUCCCAAAUGUCCUCGGAGGCGCUGAAGGGAUCUUCGAAGAGGUAGGGAAGAUGGCUGCGGCAGAGCUGGAGGAUGAUAAUCAGCUCCAGGUUAUACAUGGAGACUUCUGGACAGGAAACAUUCUUCUUCCCAAGGCCCGAAUCCAGGAGGGAGUAGACGUGCCAAUGUUCGUGAUCGACUGGGAGAUGUCACAGAUAGGAAAGCCUAACCUCGACGUCGGCCAAAUGCUUGCAGAACUGUAUGAGUUGAAGCUAUACAAGGAUAAAUCAGCCGGCCUACUUAUGGCUCAGGGAUUCAUGGAGGGUUAUGGCCCAGUGAGCGAAGAGUUUGCUUUCCGCACGGCGAUACAAGUCGGCGCUCACCUGGUCUCAUUUGGGAUGAUAGUCCCGGGUUGGGGAUCAGUAGAGCAGGUUGAAGAGUGCGGACGCCUUGGAAGGGAUAUGAUAACUCGCGCGUGGGAGAAGGACCGCCGGUGGUUUGAAGAGAGCGAUUUCGCCUUUCUGUUUAGUACGACUCGAUGAGCGGUGAUACCAAGUCAAUUCUCUUAGGAAGGGAAGAAAAAAAAAUAUAGAUUUGAAUUUACAAUAAAAGAAGAAUGGAUUCUAUAAGCUAUACGCUUGGUGUUUAUAUAUAAAGUUGUAAACCGAAUAUCAGGGGCAAAGCAUAGGUUAAGAAACACGGACCCACGUGACUCC